AUGGCUCAACCCACGGAGGCAGUAUACCUCCACGACGCCUCUCUGAGAACACUGGCCACAAAGAUCGUGUCCUGCCAACCAGUCUCAUCGCUCAGCGAGGAAGAAAAGUUCCUCGCCAAAAAUGUCUCGCCAGAAGACUCGGCCAUCACUACACGCCAGACUAUCCUGUACCCACAGGGUGGCGGACAGCCCAGCGACACGGGCUCAAUCGCACCGGUAGACCGAGAGCCUUCAUUCACCGUAUCUCUAGUGCGCAAGAUGCAAGACGGAAGAAUUCUCCAUUUUGGCAAGUCCAGGACAACCACCACGUUCUCUGCAGGCCAAUCCGUUAUCCAAAAAGUCGACGACGCCAAACGUGACUACCAUUCACGACUGCACACGGGCGGUCACAUCGUCGGCCUGGCAAUGCAACUCCUCAUGCCGCAGAUGAAGAAAGUCAAAGCGAAUCAUUUCCCCGGAGAGGCGUGCAUGGAAUACGAGGGGUUAUUGUACAACGAGCAUAAGCCGCAAAUCCAGGCGAAGGUGGAUGAACUCGUUCAGCGGGACCUGCCCAUUCUGCUUUCGUGGGUUGAGGAUGCCUCGGAUCUGGAGGAUGUUGAAGGUCGGGGGAAGGAUCGGGAUGGACCUGUUCGGGUUGCGAGUAUUGGUGGGCUUGAUAAGAAUCCUUGUGGUGGGACGCACGUUCCGCGGACUGGUUUGGUUGGGUCUAUUACGAUACGGAAGAUUAGUCGGCAGAAGGGGGUUAGUCGGGUUUCGUAUGAGGUCGAGCCGAAGUUAUGA